UAUAUUAAGGACGGCAAGGCGCACCUUGUGAAGGGCGAUGGCAUCGUCCUUGAAGACGUCCAGAAGGGCUGGGAGUCCGCGCUCGAGUACGGCAACGGCACUAUCGACCUCGUUCUCUUCAGCAUCGGCGGCUUGCCAAACCUAAGCCUUACUAAGGGCAUCGUACUCGCCACGCCCGACCUCUGCACGCGCUCGCUUCUCAACCUCUUCCGCACCAUGCCCGCCGCGCUCCGUGCGCCCGGCGCCCAGCCACGCCUCGUGGCUGUCACCUCUCGCGGUAUCACACCCUCGUCGCACGCUACGCUCCCCGCAGCUCUACGCGCGUUCUACAGCCUCCUGCUGGGCGCGCCGCACGACGACAAGUACGGUGCCGAGCGCGUGCUCGCGCACUGCCUGGGCGUGCCCUGGACGCAGCCGGCCGUGAAGCCGACCAUCCUCCCCGCCGGGUGGGAGGCGCUGGCGGGGCUCCCCGCGGAGGGCGGGUUCCAGCGUAUUCUGAUCGUGCGCCCGUCGUUGCUGACGGACGGCGAGUGCCUCGGGGACAAGGGCCCGAAGAACGGCAAGGCGCCGUACAAGGCCGUUGCAGGGGAGGUCGACGGCGGGUACACGGUCUCGCGGCGCGACAUUGCGCACUUCAUCGUGCAGGAGGCGCUUCCGCACUGGGACCAGUGGGAGGGCAAGGGCGCAUGUGUAGUGUACUGA